UCUAUUGCUCUUCCUAUCACUACUACUAUCCCCUCUCUACUUUCAAAAACACCGCCAUGUCUUUCCCCUACCAGAAGGUCCUCAUCAUCGGCGCCACCUCCGGCAUCGGCAAAUCCCUAGCCACCAAGCUGGUUGAGAAUGGCAUCCGUGUGGUGGUCGCUGGCCGCCGCAAGGAGAACCUGGAUGCGUUCGUCGCCCAGCACGGCAGCGACAAGGUCGACUCCGCCGUGUUCGACGUGAUGCAGCUCGAGAAGGUCAGAGCCCUCCUAACCCUAACCCCCCAAAAAACGCCCCCACUAACCCUAGGUCCCAAACAGAUCCCCGAGUUCGCCGCCAGCAUCACGACCGCCCACCCAGACCUGGACUGCAUCUUCGUGAACAGCGGCAUCCAGCGACCGUUCGACUUCGCACGCCCGGAGACCGUGGACCUGGACAUCUUCGACCAGGAGCUGAUCACCAACUACACGUCGGCGGUGCGGCUGACCAAGGCAUUCCUGCCGCACCUGCAGCAGCUGCCGCGCCAGACGGCGCUGGUCUACACGACCUCGCAGAUGGCGCUGGUGCCCAUGAUGCGGUGCCCGAACUACGGCGCGUCCAAGGCGGCGCUGCACCACUUCAUCCUGGCGCUGCGCACGCAGCUGAGCGAGGGCGCCCAGGGCGACGUCCGCGUGCUGGAGAUCUACCCGCCCGCGGUGCAGACGGAGCUGCACGACGCCAAGCACCAGCCCGACCUCAAAGACGGUCACCUCAUCGGCAUGCCGCUGCAGGAGUUCGUGGACGAGGUCUGGGCCCGUUUGGCGAAGGGUGAGAACCAGAUCCCCGUCGGCUCCGCCGCCGACAUCUUCCAGGCCUUCGAAGUUAAGCGCCAGGAGCUGUACAAGGGGAUGACUGAGUUGUUGUCGGGUCUACUGAAGCAGUUCUUGCGCGAGUAAGUACUUGCUUGCCCGCGUAAAUCAUUCUUUGUUUGUACUCCAUCCCUAAAAAAAGGCUCACACCUGCACGACCAAAGAAGCAGGAGGCGGCGUAGGAAACCCCCUGGCGACAUCCGCAACCCGCUUCCCGCGACACGCCGCGAGGAUCAAACCCGCAAACGCCCCAAUCCCAUGCACCUGUCCUUGCUCUAACAUGCCCGAGUACCCGUGCAACGAGACCAUCGCC